GAAUAUUCAUGCGAAAAAUGCCCCAGAAGAUACAAAUGGAGGGACUCGUUGAGACGCCAUCUAAGGGUAGAAUGUCAGAAGUCUGCUACUUUUUCUUGUCCGACGUGUGCAAGAUAUUUUAAGCACAAACACGACUUCCUUAGACAUUACCAAAAGUGCCAGACAUAUCUUCAAGCAUAGUCAAAAGUGUAAAAGCCGAUAAAGUGCAUAAUACAAUUUUUAUUUUGAACUUUUUUUCUUAAUCCCACGGCGUCGACUGCAAUGGUCAUUCAAUUUUUAUUCAGGACAUCUACUUUUCACCACAGGGGUAAAUCAUCAUAUCUAAAAGAAGCCAUAAAGCUGAAUUCGAAUGCCCACAGUGCCCAAGAAAGUACAAAUGGAAACAUUCACUGAAGAGACACCUCAGAGUCGAGUGUCAAAAACCUGCUCAGUUCCUAUGUGAAAAGUGUUACAGGAUGUUCAAACAUAAGCAUCAUCUGAAAGAGCAUACAAAACUAUGCAAACCUACUUAAUUAGUUGCUUCUUUGAAUAUCCGAGUGAAAAUGUGAAUCUUUUGGAAAGGGGAUAUACUUGUUUGUUUGUUAUGUACCAAUGCCAGCAGUGUUUCAAGAAAUACAUGAGAGCAGAUUCAUUGAGAAGACACAUUAGGAUAGACUUUGCACCACUGCCAAAACUGUGGAAAAUCCUACAAGUGGCAUGCUUCUCUUAUCAGGCACUUGAAGUAUGAGUGCAACAAAGAAGGAAUAUGGCCAUGCAAGAUUUGCGAUAGGACCUUCAAGCAUAAGUUCAAUUUGGUGACGCAUUUGAGGACACAUUCCAAAUUAGAUUUGUGGAACCUGAAGUGAUUUUUUCAAUGACUGUUUAUAUAAAGUUAUAUUUAUUUGAAAAAAUGGCGUCAAGUGCUUGACUGCACUUCCUAUGCAACGCUGUAGUAACACCUUCAGAAAAAAGUUAGCUGCGAUGAUGUGUAACAAAAAAUUAAUUGGUUCAAGUUAGUCAAGCACUCUUAAAAUUCGCAUAUUUAGAAUGCUUUUCUGUACAAUUUUGGGACUCGUUAAGUUCUGGAGGCAGGUAUGCUUUCGCAAAAAGUUAUCUCUUGCCGAUGAAAGGCUUCCCCCUCCCACUAAGAAAAAUUUCUACUCGCGCACAUGAUCGAAACUAUGUGUACACAUGAUAUAUAGACACUGAAGAUAGGAUGUUACGCAUGUGGGCGGAGCUUCGUGACGUCACGUGGAGAGUUGUCGGCUCGUGGUUACCAGCAGCAGGAUUGUCGUAACGUUACUGCAGUGUACACUAUACAGUGCGAUUUGUUGGUGAUGUUGUUAUACCGCCAGCUUACUGCAAAAAGAAGAUAACUCCAUUUUUCUACUUUUCGAGUUGCAUACAGUUUCACACUUACAUGUACUUAGGAUGUUCUGUGAAAUAACGAUAAAUAAAGUGCAGUAUUAACAUCAUGAGCAUGUUAAUCCUGCUCCACAGAACAUACUAAAAUAUAGGUAAUUUAGAAAAAUGAAGUUAUCUUGUUUUUACAGUAAAGUGACGAGACGCUCUAUUGUGGCGCUAGAAAGCCGUUUAAACUAUAGCCUGUGAAAUAGGAAGUCUUUUAUUUAAAUCCACUAUUUUGUUCUGCAUAAAAUUUUAUUGUACAGGGUGGCCCAUAAGUCCUUUGAGCUGGAAAAAAAGGAAUAAAACCAAACUAGUUACAUUAUGAAGAAUUAUUAUAUUUUGUUAUCAUCUUUAUUGAAUGGGAAUUAUGUUUUAAAAAUCACAUCGUCUAAAUGCAAUCCAUUACGAUCAUGGCACUCAUAUAAACGACGUCUAAAAUUGUCGAUGACUGCGCGGCAAGUCAACACUGUAAUGCUUGCCAUUUCUCUUCGGAUAUUUUCUUUCAUGACAUCAACUGAUCUCGGAGUGGUGUCGUACACUUUACUCUUGAGGUAGCCCCAUAAAAAGAAGUCCAUUGGGGUCAAAUCUGGACUACGUGGUGGCCAGGAAAUGUCUCCUCUUCGAGAAAUUACUUUGCUGGGAAAAAGUUGACAGACGACGGGCAUAGAAGUGUUGGAGGUGUGGGCAGUUGCUCCGUCCUGUUGAAACCAGGUCUGCGUAUUAUAGCCUGGAAAAUUCUGCAACGCUGGUGUCAAAAACUCUUCUAUCAUUGCUACAUACCGCUCCGAAGUAACAAUUAAUGCGCGACCUCUGUCGUCCUUAAAAAAAUAAGGGCCAUAGCAGCCCAAACUGUAACUUUAGGGCUGUGUAAGGGCUUCUGAUGCUUACGCCUUGGAUUUUCGGUGCUCCAAUAACGGCAAUUUUGUUUAUUUACAUGCCCGUUUAAAUGGAAGUGAGCCUCGUCCGAGAACAACACAUUAUUGAGCGAAGAAAAUCGAUUCAACAUUUCAUUCGCAAAGUUUAGUCUCUGAAUAGCAUCAUUAUCUUUUAAUUCCUGCACUAACUGAAUUUUGUAAGCGUGCAGACGUGAAUCUUUCCUUAAAAUCCGCUGUAAAGAUGUUCUGGGUACGUUUAGUGCACUGGAACGCUUACGAGUAGACUGGGUAGGAUUUUGACGAACAGACUGUGCCACAAUGUUGAUGUUUUCUUCAAUACGAGUUGUCCUUGGUCGGCCCCACCGCUGUUUAUCUAACGUCGAACUAGUCUCUUCGAACUUAGCAACCCAGUUCUUAAUCGUUUGAGCUGUUGGACACUUUGUAAAAUUGUGUAAAUUGUGGUAUUCUCGAUAUUUACGCCGCGCAAUGGUUGCCGAAUCAUUAUUUUGAUAAAACGCGCGCACACAAAAAGCACGAUCCGCUCCAGUGAAACAAUCCAUGGCGACUGAAUUCCCAGACGCUGAAGAUACUGCCCCCACCUCGCCCGCGCCGCUCACGCUCACCCGUUAAAUUUUAUUCAAAUUUGAAAUUUCAAAGGACUUAUGGACCACCCUGUAGUAUGUCACUCACACCGCUAAAUAAUAAUAAUAAUUGUAAUAAUAAUUUAUUGUUGCUGUUUCAUAGAAAUGUCAGCUAAAGUAUAUAAAACAUCGAGGAGUAAGUGAAAAUAACAAACAAUACGUAAAUGAGACAAACAUAAAACACAAAGUGGCAAUAAAAGCUAAAUAAAGAGUUAAUAAAAUUAAAUUUAAACUUUAGAUUAACAAUAAAUAGAGUUGGUUAAAAAAUUAUAAAAGAGACUAGUUAGAAUAAAAAUUAUGCCAGGCUGAAAAAAUUGGAGUUAAGGAACUGUUCUUCAUCAAAAAAAGCUUCAGAUAGUAGGAGGCAUUUAAUAGCUUUGCUAAAUUGUUCAACAUCUAGAGAUUUUAUUUGAUUUGGCAAUACACGAAUCCAACGACACCUCAUAUGUGAAAAUCUAUCAAGCCGUUUGAGCUGUAGCCUAUGAAAUAGGAAUAACAAGGUAGAAAUCUUUUAUUAAAAUCAACCAUUUGUCCAGCCGUUUGGCCUGUAGAAAAUAUGUACGUUAUCCGUAUCAACCCAAAUGAGAAUCGCUCUCAACGUGACGUCAUGCGCGCCAGCGGACGAAAAUCGAACAGCGGAGCAUCCGGCUCUGACGUGUACAUCUUUCAUCAUCUAUAAUAUAGCAGCGGAGGCCGACUGCUACACACAUGCACACGAAGGUCUGAAAUAUUUCUCCAUCAAGUGAGGAUAAAUGUAAGAUAUUUAUGAUGCGUGAAAUAUGUAUAUCAGGUGCGUAGAACUACCGGGGCUGGAGAAGUAUAAUUAUACCAACGUCAAAACAAUGAAGUAUACCCCAACCCCCAAUUUUUACCCCUAAAUUUUGUUUCAAAAAACAUCAGGAUCUCUGCAACGUCAAAACUGAGCUCCUCCGUCAUUAGAUCGAUUUUAAAAAACUAAAGAUUGUUCGUCCUUGGUAUAGUAGUAACCAUGUAUGCAAAAUAUCAAAAUCCGACACGAACUUCACACUACUCCAAGUUAUAGCGGGGUCAAGGAUUAGUGGACGGACAGAUAGACUGACCGACGAAAUGAGUGGUAUGCUUUUUGGUGAUGUAGGUGUCAUAUAACGUCAAAAAACAUAAUAGCUGAUUUUCGAUUUUGUUCGCGGUUACAAUACUUCCUCGCCAGCGGCGUAGGAAGUAGAAAAAGUUAGGAUGGCACGUUAGAAUCAUUGAACAUAUAAUUGAAAGUUUAACCUUCUGUAGGUGCCAGGAACAGUAUUUGUAUGAUAAGUAUUAUUUAUGUUUUCUAAUAUUGUAUUGGCUGAAUUUUGUAAAAUAUAUGUUGCAAAAUGUACAUAUUUAGGUUACAAAAAUAUAUUAUAACACAUUAUUACUCAUACGUUAUUUGAGUCAUUUUGCUGCCAAUAUGCCC